AUGAGUACUCGAAUGGGAAAAAGAAGGACUGGUGUUGCUACGACCAUUCUUAUAGCUAUCUUUUGUGGGAAAUUGCAGUGGGGAAGAUUAUCAGUGUUAGAAGUUGUUGAUGGUGGGCUAAUAUGCUCAUGUAGUGUACAUGUAGAAGAAAUGGGAGAUAAGAACAGCGACGGCUACAUUGUGGAUGCUGCUAUCUAUGCUGGCUACUAG